AUGAAUACCAACACGAAUUUCGAUGGGAACGUUUCUACGCCAUCCCUAGUGGGCGGAUCAGUUAGAAGUGUGAAUGAUUUGCACAAUCCUGACUUCAACGAACAAGUGAGUUCCAACUUACAUCCUGUGAGAUCUUCGCAUGUAUUAAACAAGAUCAAUUCGCAACCGAACCUUGCGGAUGCAUCGUACACUUCAGUGGCCGAAUUGAAUCGCGAAGGAGCACUGUUAACCGAUGAAGUGGAUUUGGAUCAAGUGAUAAAUGCCACAGAACAAUCCACCGACGAUACAGAUAAACAGAGAAAGAUGCAGGCUUUAAAGCAAAAGAGACAAAUGGAAAUGCUCAAACAAAGGAGUAGGAACUCAAUCAACUCUUCCAGCGCGAGUAUCCAUUCGACUCCAAGCGCUGAGUCAAGGUAUUUGGUGACUUCCACCGACCCCGUGGACGAUCAAAUAAACGUUUCGGGACCUUCUGGUAAACAUAGAAGGGGACUUCAUAGCAGUGGAGCAGAAUCAAAUGAAGAUUCGAUUAGAAACUCGUAUGGUGAAUUUAUCAAAAGCAAGUGUCAUAGACCACAUUUAGCUGGCGGUGAAUCGUACCAAUCAAGCCACGACAGUGAAUUUAGUGACGAUCGCGGCGAAGAAAGAGCCGGUAGACGUUCGAGAAGAUCGCUGGAUAACCAAUCGUCGACGGAGUACUUGAGAUCUAUUUCCAGAUCGCUUAGUCGUGAUCCGGCACGUAAGAGGGGUCCUACUGGCGAUGUCAGUGAUGUUACUGAAAAAUUGAACAAUGCAAGAUUGUACAGUACAAAUAAUUACUCUAUCUCGCAAGCUGAUUUGGAGAAUGCUCCGCAUAUCAUUGAACAAACAUUGGAAGAAGAACAGGAAGAUGAAGAAGAAGAAGGAGCUCUGAUGGACGAUCAAGGUAAUGAAGAAUAUGAUAAAGAGCUUGAAAACGCGGCUGACGAUGCCGAAGCGAGGCAUCCCUGA